ACGAGCUCGGGAGGGAGGGCGGCGCCACCUGGCGGGCGCGCCGCGCAUGCCCGGUCUCGCCUCUCCGCCGGCCAUUGGCUGUGGCCGCUCUCUGAGAGUCCGCUGCCCUCCGGGGCUGGGAGAAGAGCUAGGCCUGAGCCCCUGCGCGGGAGGCCGCAGGGGGCGUGGCGAAGUGGGCCGAGCCUGCCUGAGCCCUGCCGGCUUGGACCCCGGAGAGCCGCCCGAGAACACUCCCUCCCGGCUGUUUGCGGGGCAGCGAACCGGCCGAGCACGCUGCGGGACGGCCUCCGGGAGAGGUGCAGAGCCCAUACAUCGUAGCACCAGCCCACAGCACGGACUUGGGUGGCCCAGCCCAACCCCACCCCAGGGCUCAUGGGAAAGACAUGCCCAUCCACAUCCAGAGGAAGAACUGUGGGAGCAGAAGCUGGCGAUGCAGCCUCCAAAUCAGGGGCCCCGCGCACCUCCGGAAGGGGCUCCUCCCUCAUUGGUGCUCCCGUGCAGCGCCUUGUUCUGAAAGUGUCUGAAGGAGAACGAGGCGCCGCAGCAAUGGAUGGACACUGGCUCCAGGCUGGUCCCCAGGCAGCAGCAACUUCCCAGGCAGCCCUUCCUGAGCCAGCUGCCCCUCAGAUGGCCACAGCCCAGGGCCGCCCCCGCUGCGGGGUGCCUACUUUGCCUCUUAGCCUGAACCUUCAAAACCGGCAGAAGCGCUUCGUGCUGUCCGGGGGGCGCUGGGAGAAGCUCAAUCUCACCUACAGAAUCCUCCGGUUCCCCUGGCAGCUGGUCAAGGAGCAGGUCCAGGAGAUGAUGGCUGAGGCCCUCCGGGUGUGGAGCAAGGUGACCCCACUCACCUUCACCGAGGUGCGGGCAGGCCGGGCAGACAUCAUGAUCGAUUUCACCAGGUACUGGCACGGAGACAACCUGCCAUUCGAUGGCCCCGGAGGCGUCCUGGCUCACGCCUUCUUCCCCAAGACCCACCGCCAGGGAGACGUCCACUUCGACUACGACGAGACCUGGACCGCCGGGAGCGACCUGGGCACGGACUUGCUGCAGGUGGCUGCCCACGAGUUCGGCCACGCGCUGGGCCUCCAGCACUCCACCGAGGCCAAGGCGCUCAUGUCGCCCUUCUACACCUUCCGCUACCCGCUGAGCCUGAGCGCCGACGACCGGCGGGGCAUCCAGCACCUGUACGGGCGCCCCCGGCCCGCCGCCGCGCACGCCAAUGAGAUCUCCCUGGAGGUGAGCCCGCACACACCUCCCUCCCUCCCCCUGCGGCCCGACGCCUGCGCCACGGACUUCGACGCCGCCGCCGCCAUCCGCGGAGAGCUCUUCUUCUUCAAGGCUGCCUUCGUCUGGAGGCUCCGGGCUGGCCGGCUGCAGCCCGGCUACCCGGCCCUGGCGUCCCGCCACUGGCAGGGCCUGCCUGAGGGCCUUGACGCCGCCUUCGAGGAUCCACGGGGCGACAUCUGGUUUUUCCAGGGCUCUCAGUACUGGGUCUAUGCAGGGGAGAAGCGUGUGCUGGGCCCUGCGCCGCUCUCUGACCUGGGCUUGCCAAGCUCAGCCAUCCACGCGGCGCUGGUGUGGGGCACAGGGAGGAGCAAAAUCUACUUGUUCCACGGGGGCAGUUACUGGCGCUUCCGUGCUGAUGUGCGGCGUGUCGACAGCCCGUCGCCCAGAAGGGCCAGCGACUGGCGGGGAGUGCCUUCCGAGAUCGGCGCCGCCUUCCAAGACAGCCAAGGUUAUGCCUACUUCCUCCGUGGUCGCCAGUACUGGAAGUUUGACCCGGUGAAGGUGAGGGUCCUGGAGGGUUUCCCGCGCCUCAUUGGCCAGGACUUCUUCGGCUGUGCCGGACGUGCCCCCCUUCCCUCCAACGCUUUCUUCUAGGCGGUGGUCUGCUGCCACUGGCCUCGAAGGCCCCACGCCGUGCCUUGACCCUUCGCCCAGACCGUCUUUGGGGGCUGGCCUCCCAUGGGGAUGAUCCUGAAACUAUCAGCUCUAUUUAUUCAGGGAUGGAGUGAAGGCCUCAGGGUGAGCUGGCUGGGCUCAGGCUCCCCCAUGGCCUCCCCUGGAGGCAGCUGGCUGCCCACUGGUCUUCUAUCCAGAUCUGUGGAGUCCCAUAGCCUGAGAGCCCACAGGUUUGGGAGCAGAGACUCCGGGCCAUGCUGGUUGUGGCCCACACCAUCACCCCUGGCCCGUCCCCUCUGACACGGUCCUGCCUUAUCCUUUAAAAUCCCCAGUUGGUCAGUGCUCUCUGCCGGGGGACUCCUAUGAAGGGAGGGCUCCCUUUGGAUCUUCAGCACUCACUUCCCCCCUUCCUGGGACGCUGGGCUCUCUGCUGUCCCUAGAUCAGUGAUGGUGAACCUUUUAGAGACCGAGUGCCCAAAGGGCAUCCUCGUGCUGCAUGUGAGCCCCUGACUUACCCCGGGUGGGAGGGAGCAGCCCCUCUGGCACCUGGGCCAUAGGUUUGCCAACACGUCCCCAGGGGGAUGCUCUGGAAGGUCACAGAAGCUGCCUUCCACUUCCCAAACUUGGGGGGAAUGUCCCAGGGUGCCUGCCUGACCUCCCCUCCAUCCACCCCCUUGCCUCUCAGCAUUUCUCCCAUCCCAGUGGCUGGGCUCCUCCUAUCCCCUCUCCGGGGAAUGGGAUGCCUCGCAGCCCUAAGGGGCACCAGGCUCCUCCCCAGCCAGCCUUAGACUCUGAAGAGUCCCCUCAAGCUCCAACAUGCUUGCUGGGCCCGGGCCUGGUCGUGCUGACUGUGCUCUCCCCCUCGCCAGGCCCUCGGGGCCCAGGCACAGGCCAGCGGUCCUGCUGGCACCCUUCCUCGCCCCAUGCCCUCCCCUGUCCUGGCCCUGGGUUCCAGCCCAAGAAGCGAAGCUGUACAGUACGCGUAAUGCCCUUUGUGCCUGGGGUCUUCCAGUGGAUGAUUAAACAGGGCCUGUUUUCUA